CCCGCGUCAGCCGUGCGUCAGGCGGCGCGCUUGCGUCACACGCCGGCGCGCGCGCAGCGGAGAGCGCGGGGCCGGCGGAGCCUCCGGUGCGUUCCCGGCGCUCCCGCCGCCAUGGCAACGGCCGCAGGUCGCCCGGUGCCGUGUCCCGCCGGGGCCGCCGUCGCUGCCGAACGUCCCCGGGAGCGCUGAGGGCCCAGCAGAGCGGCCGGACGCCCCGCGACGAGCAUGCGGAAAGGAGAACUGAGCUAUACUGCAGUACGGAAAGCAGAGUGAUGGAUUCGGAAGGUUCUGCCUCCGUGAGUUCCAAGGAAUACCUGAGCAGUGACAUAAUGGCCACCUCUGGCAAACAUUACGUGUGUGGCUACUGCGCAGCCUUCACCAACAUUGCCGUCACGUUCCCCAUCCAGAAGGUCCUGUUCCGGCAGCAGCUCUACGGUUUGAAGACCAAGGACGCGGUGCAUCAGCUGCAGAAGGACGGGAUGCGCAACCUGUACCGCGGCAUCCUUCCCCCGCUGAUGCAGAAGACGACCACGCUGGCGCUGAUGUUCGGGCUGUACGAGGAUUUCUCCUCGCUGCUGCUGCGGCACGCGAGCGCGCCCGAGCUGCUGACGCGCAGCCUGGCGGCCGUGCUGGCGGGCACCGCCGAGGCCGCGCUCACGCCCUUCGAGCGCGUCCAGACCCUGCUUCAGGACUACAAACACCACGAUAAAUUCACAAACACUUACCAGGCUUUCAAGGUGCUGAAAGUCCACGGCGCGAGAGAAUAUUAUCGGGGGUUGGUGCCUAUUCUGCUCCGAAAUGGACCCAGUAACGCGCUCUUCUUUGGCCUGCGGGGACCCAUCAAGCAGUGUCUGCCCGAAGCGACUUCCCACAGCGCUCACUUGGUCAACGACUUCAUAUGCGGGGGGCUGCUGGGCGCCGUGCUGGGCUUCUUGUUCUUCCCGGUGAACGUCGUCAAAACUCGCAUGCAAGCUCAAAUCGGCGGCGAGUUCCAGUCCUUCUCCGAAGUCUUUGCGAAGAUCUGGCAGGAACGCGACAGAAAACUGAUCCACCUCUUCCGAGGAGCCCACCUGAAUUACCAUCGUUCCAUCCUGUCCUGGGGCAUCAUCAACGCGACCUACGAGCUCCUGCUGAAGCUGCUGUGAAAACCGCUGCGCCCCCGCGGCUCGCCCGCCUGGGCGCGGGCACAGCCGCUGUCCGUCAGCGCCAGGAGCAGCGCGAGAGGUCGUCCUAGCCUUCAAUAUUUAUGGAGUGAAUGGUGAUGCGUCGAAACCUCGGUGCAAUUAAGACAACCUUUUUAAACUAUUUAUUUGCUGGCACGUGAGUUUACCUGUAAAUGGACCUUAUAGACAAAUGCAAGGUCAAAAAAAGCCAAACCUGUGUUAGUCCAGCAGAUUAUUCUGUACCACUCCUAAAAUGCUGUAACACUCCGUGAUGGAAUGUGCUCCACCGUCCGCAUCGUAGAACAUCAAAACCAAGGGAAGACUGAUUAAAAUGGAUUCACUUGCCUGAUAAGCUUCAAAAUCUUCUUUUAAGAACCACGUUUUCAAACGUUUCAGGAUCCUAAGUACUCCUUACUGUUUAAAGCUACAAGGACGGAUCCACAUGGGGAUAUCUGAAGUUCAGAACUUCAAGCUUAAACUCAGCCUACGCAAAGUCUCCUGCCAGGCGUGUUGAUGGUUGGCUUUAAGACGAACAUGUAAUUCGGCAGCGUGAGUGUGGUUAGUGAAUGUUUAACUUCAGUGUAAGCGACUCCGGUUCCAAGCGGGACCUCUGUGUGCGUCUGUACGUGUGCCUUCAUGUGAAAAGGGAAGAGCGGAAGGAACGGAACAGCAAACCUACUAAAGCUUUAAAGUGUCCUUCCUUGUUAAAAAACCUUCUCCUUGUAAGCACGGAGUUUGUUCUGCUCUUUUUCUUCUUGCAGCGCUGCUUUUCCGUUGCUCGCAGCCCUGGGCCGGAGGGUCGAGGCCCUUUCCUGCCGUUCCCGCGGCCGUGGCAGCGGCUCACAAGCACGGCUCUUCGUGCUGACGCGUCUUGUCGUUUGCAAACUACUCCUGUUUCUUGUGGGCUGUGGAAUAACGGAUCACAACAAGGUAUUUUCUCCCGGAAAAGUGGAGUUGUGCGUGCUUGGCGUACUCUCGGCAGUCCCGUAAGACAGUUGAGCAGCACAGCUGGCGAGAUGGUGUUUCUGGGUGUGUGUAAGAGCAGGGGGACGGCAGGCAGAGGAGACCCCGGCGCAGCUCGGGGGGAGAGAUGCAGCACGGGAGGCGUUUGAGGGCCUCUGUGGGUGAGUGUGGGAGAGACGGGCAGAAAUACGGUGUGUGUCUUACGGACUUGGCAGUUGAGAGAGACAGGACUCGGGCCGCAAGGAAAGGGACUCGGCACGACCGUAAAUCAGAUGAGGGUCUUUGUGAAAGUACGUAUUAAAACAAAAAUGCCAAACCCCAAACCAGCCAAGCAGAACAACAACACCCCCUAAGCCAUUUUGGGUGGCGGGGCCAGCUUUCAGAAACUGGUCCGAAUUGGUCUUUUUGUAAGUUUUGGAGUGGCUGUUUGACUUUUCCACUUGCUAAGCUGUCCUCAAAUAUUGAUUCUAAUCAGCGUGUUAUGAUUAUGAUCACAAAAUAGGCCCUAGCUUCACCGUCAGAAAUGGCCAGGCACAAGUGAGCAGUCUUGUGUCCCAAUGUUGUGAUUAUCCGCAUUUAAAUAAAAUGUUACUGAAUGUUUGUACUGGCAGAAUCUGAUUUUUACCGGUGUACUCUUUGUAAUCACUCCUUGAUGGAAUAAAACAUUUGCAUCCGGUUUCUCUGUG